CUCUAUUCUCCUACGGUACUAUGGUAACUACCUCUGGUACGUACGUUGCAUACUCGUAUUCAUAAUUCAUACCCAGUACCAUACUGUACCGUUGUCGAGUACCGUACGGUAGUGAGCAGUCACAGCAAAACCAGACGGUGCCAUCUCUCCGUCUGACCAUCUGUCGGACUGCAUCGGCACACGGGGGAUGAUGGAUGGCAUGGGUGUCAUGGGCGUUGUGGGUGUUGGUGCCAAACGAAAACAAACAAACACACACCGCCACAACACCAAAAUCCGAAAACGAAAACGAAAACAAAAACGAAAACCUUCCUGUUUCGAUCGUCUGUUUCUCCCGGUGGGUGGGUGUGUGGUCGUCGCUGCACCGUACGGCACCGUCCGCGUGAGCAGGUGCUCCGACCCGCAUGGCUUGCGGGUGGUCCCGGGUCCCUUGGCCGAAGCGCAGCGCGGCGGGGGACCGCCGACGCCGCCGCUGGAUUCUUGCGGUUUGUGUGGCACUGGCACUGGCACCGGCCGUUCUGCCAUUGGCGUCCCUGCCCGCCGUUCCUUCGGCGCAGGCCUUUUCCCCGCCGCCGCGGCGGCGCGGGGGAGGAUCCCUUCUGCUUGACGCAAGGCCCGCCGAGGGCGUGCCCGCCGAGGUCGGCGGUGCCGACGGGGCAGCCCUGGACGGAACAAGGGCGGCGGACGGAACAAGGGCCACCGCCUACAAAAAGCGCCACUCCCGGUCGGUGUGCCUUUUGCCGCCGUCGCCUCUGGCGGGCGGCGGCGGCGAUGCGUGCGCCUCCGCUGCCUGGGAGGCCGUCCGGGAGGUCCGCCUCGCGCUUCGCGAUCCGGGGUUCUUUCGGUGGCCCCCGCACGUCAACCUCUUGUAUCCGUUCGUCGAGGAGGCCGACAACAACGACGACGACGGCUCUUUGCUCGCCAAGCUCCGCAGGGCGGCUUUGGGCGUCGAGCCUUUCUGGGUCUCCCUCGACCUCGGAAACCUCGAGACCUUUGGGGACGACACGCGGGGGGUCCUCUGGGCGGAUCCCAAAAGCCACCGGGGAGACCGGCCGGGGGCAACGCAAGCCCCCAUCGAGGAGCUCCAGGCCCUGCUGGAGAGGGAGUUCCCGAUGUGCUCGGAAUCCCUCAAGGAACGGACCUUCGUCCCGCACAUGACCAUGUCCGCCAAGUUCGGUUCUCUCGGGGACGCCAAGGCGGCGGCGGCGUGCCUGGACGCCCGGAGAAGGGGCGAGACCACAAGGGUGGUCUCCUUCCGGUGCGAGGAGUUCUACCUGCUGGAGCGGGAGAGCGACGACGCGCAGUUCCUGAAAAAGGCCACCAUCGCGCUGGGGAGGGGGGCCACCGGUUCAGGGGUCCGCCUCCACGAUCCCCCGGAAGUUAUCGGGGGGAUGCCCCCUUCCGAGGAGGGGUGGGUCCGCACCGAGACCGAGGGCUUCCGGGCCAGGCGCCGGAAGAACCAGGCGCACCGCAAGCGGGGCGGGGGGAGGACCCGUCCCGGAUACCGGGCCCGGAGGCGGCAAAAGCUGGCCGCGAAACACUCGGGAGCGCCCGCAAGGGACGCCAGAAGGCGAGACCCGCCCCUGCGGCACGACACGGACGAGGAGGUGGCCAGGAAACGGGCCGAGCGCCGGGCGAGGCGGGAGCAGCAACAGCAACAGCGGGGCCGGGCUUCCGGGCACACCCGAGCGGCACGGGACGGACGGCCUGGCGCUGCCGUAUGCCGCGGCGUGCAAAAGAAAACGAACCAAAAUAAAACAAAACGAGACGAGACGAGACGACGGGUAGGGGAAGAAGAUCGAGGGAAGCUGCCGUUUGGAGCGGGUGCCUUCCCGGCGACGUUUCGGGCCCGCAGAGCCCCGAUCGAACACGAACCAAAGCGCAGCAUCAAAACGAAGCCACGCCGUGAUGGGAAAGACGGCCAUACCAUCGCGGUCUACUCGCACGAAAACACGGAGUGCUCUGGAACAGUGAGUAUCGGAUGCAAAGCACCGGGAAGAAACGUUCGAACCCUCCGCUUUGGUGCUAUGAAAAAGUAGGAAUCGGUGCAAUCCAUCGGAACAACUUUUGUAUGUUUUUCGAGCUCUGACUACUAUGUAGUUUUCCCUCGCUACAACUCACUCCCGAGAGACUUAUAAACCAUUAAAUACUAC